ACAAGAGAAUAUGAGGUAGUCUGUUCCCACGUGUCCUACAUCAUUCACGAACAUAUCUCUAAGAAAAAAAUAUUAGCAGUAGAUCAUGGCUGGUGCAUACGGCUACAAUGAUAGGCGAUCCACUCCACCACCUGCUGACGGUGGUUCCGGCGGCGAUAGAUACAGCAGCUCAUCCGCAGGUGAUAGUGGUGGAUACGGUGGUUCAGGAGGCGGUGGAGGAUAUGGCGGUGUAUAUGGUGGUUAUAGCGAUGGAAGAUCAGCUCCGCUACCUGCUGGUGGAGGAUACACAGGCUCCGGCGGCGAUAGAUACAACGGCUCAUCCAGCAGUGUCAGUGGUGGAUACGGUGGUUCCGGUGGCUGUGGUGGAUGCGGCUGCGGUGAAUAUAGUGGAUACCGUGGUUCUGGCAGCGGCGGUGGUGGAUACAGUGGUACGGGAGGCACCGGUGGUAGAUACGGUGGUACAGGCGGCACCGGUGGUGGAUACGGUGGUUCUGGUGGCAGCAGUGGUGAAUACAGUGGUUCUGGUGGCGGCGGUGGCUUAGCAUAAAUUGUGGACAGUUGUGGUUAUUUCGUCUGGUCAGCUCCAUGUGAUUGGGACUGAAUGACAUGAGUGGCGGCGAAUUGAUAAUCAGGUACUAAUUUUGAUAUUGCCAUUGCAGUACAUUGGUCAAAACUAACUAGCGGCGAAUCAUCAGGUCCUGCGACUACUGCUGCUUCAACUAUUUUAAAUACUUUUGAGUUUUGUUGGAAAGAGCCUCGAACAAAGUGGAAAAGUUGGAAAUGAUUCAUACGGCUGACCCAACGAGCGUUUGAUUGAACGAAUAGUUGGUUGGUUGAUUGAUUGCAUUUACCUAUUGAUUGUAUCCCAAACGGAGUUAUGGUGAACUCCCAAUUCCACCCCUAAUUCGGGGGUCGGGUAUCAAUUGAUACCUUUUGGAUAAGGUGUCACUCCUCCCCUGCGUAUAUACAUAGCAUAAUUUUCGGGUGAAUUUGGGGGUCGGGUCUCAAUUGAUACCUUUUAGCUAAGGGUGUGGAUCCUCCCUUGAUUCUCCAUCACACAAAUUAUCUUAGAUGUAAUAAUCUAAAAACAAUAUAAUGAUAUAUGUUUCCUCUAUUAAUACUUCCUUACGACAAGCUUAUUUUCACACCAACCAAAAAACAAG